GAGAGAGAGGAGCCCGGAGAAAGGGACAAGGCAGAUCCUAGGAAGAGAGAGGAAGAGAGACUCCUGCAGGAGGGAGAUCCUGGGCGGGGAGAGGACGUUCCCGGAGAAGGGCUUGGAGAGUAGCGCAAGUAUCGGGACUGCUGGCGAGCAUCCGACUUGUUGAAAGGCGUCGACCGAGAGCCCAGAGGCUGUGCCUGGGGCCGGGGGACAAAGCGGCGGAGCUUGCGCUGGCCCGUCGGGAUGGUGCAACUCGCGCGAUGAAAAAUGGUCUUUGUCCAACUUUUCUGAUGCCGGGAGGCCGGUCGGCACGGCUCUGUCGGGAAGGGCUCCUGCGAAAACUGCUCGAGUAAUGCUGGGAAGUGAAAGGGGUGUUGCUGGAGUCCCGCACAAGUGUUUCUGUGUGAAGGCCUCUGUGCUUUGAUUUGGGAAGAUAUUAAAACACUCCAAGAUAUCUCUGACCAUUUCAAGGGAGUGGUGUGUGUUUGUUAAAGAUGGUGGUAUUCACAGAGAAUCUUCAUGGAUUCUAAUGGUGGCAUCAGUGCAAGAAGAGUGGCGGGAAUGGGUUGGAUCUGGAUGGUCUGCUGCUUUCAUCUAGUCACCUCACUAGAAGAAAUACUUCUGGAUACAACUCAAGAGACCUCAGAGAUUGGCUGGACCACACACCCUUCUGAUGGGUGGGAUGAGGUAAGCGUCCUGGAUGACAAGAAGCGCCUGAUCCGGACCUUUCAAGUCUGUAAUGUGGCUGAACCAGGUCAGAACAACUGGUUGCGUACUCACUUCAUAGAGCGACGUGGAGCCCACCGAGUCCAUGUCCGCCUCCGUUUCUCCGUGAGAGACUGUGCCAGCAUGCGCACUGUGGCCUCCUCUUGCAAGGAGACUUUCACACUCUACUAUCACCAGUCAGAGGCUGACAUAGCCUCUCAGGACCUGCCAGAGUGGCGUGAGGGCCCCUGGACCAAAGUGGAUACUAUUGCAGCUGAUGAAAGCUUUUCCCAGGUGGACAGCACUGGGAAGGUGGUAAAGAUGAAUGUUAAAGUACGUAGCUUUGGACCACUUACCAAGCAUGGCUUCUACCUGGCCUUCCAGGACUCAGGAGCCUGCAUGUCCCUGGUGGCAGUCCAGGUCUUUUUCUACAAGUGCCCAGCUGUGGUGAAAGGAUUUGCCUCCUUUCCUGAAACGUUUGCAGGAGGGGAGAGGACCUCGCUGGUGGAGUCACCAGGGACGUGUGUGCCAAAUGCUGAAGAGACAAGCACGACUGGGUCUUCAAGUGUUCGGUUGCACUGCAAUGGAGAAGGGGAGUGGAUGGUGGCCAUUGGACGAUGUACCUGCAAGGCUGGCUACCAGCCUGUUGAUGAUGAACGAGCCUGCCAAGGUGAGAGAACCUUUUUUUCACCCUUUAGGCAGCCCCUUUUUUGUUGGUUCUCUGUAUCAGCAGUAUUUGGUACUAGUGAAAAGUUCACAGAGCUAGGAGUCCCCUCUGCAGUCCCUAUGAUGCAUCAGGUGAGUCGUACUACCAAUAGCAUCACACUGUCAUGGCCUCAGCCAGACCAGCCCAAUGGAGUAAUCCUGGAUUACCAGCUACGCUACUUUGAUAAGGCAGAAGAUGAGGAUAAUUCAUUCACUUUAACUAGUGAAACCAACAUGGCCACCAUAUCAAGUCUGAGCCCAGGCAAGAUCUAUGCCUUUCAAGUACGAGCUAGAACAGCAGUGGGCUAUGGCCCAUACAGUGGGAAGAUGUAUUUCCAGACUUUAACAGGAGGGGAACGUUCGGAGAUGGUGCAGGACCGACUGCCGCUUAUCGUGGGGUCAGCACUCGGUGGUCUAGCCUUCUUGGUGAUUGCUGCCAUUGCCAUCCUUGCCAUCAUCUUCAAGAGUAAAAGGCGCGAGACUCCAUACACAGACCGCCUGCAGCAGUAUAUCGGUACACGAGGACUUGGAGUGAAGUAUUAUAUUGAUCCCUCAACCUAUGAAGAUCCCAAUGAAGCUAUUCGAGAAUUUGCCAAGGAGAUUGAUGUGUCCCUCAUCAAGAUUGAGGAGGUUAUUGGAUCAGGAGAGUUUGGAGAGGUGUGCUUUGGGCGCCUAAAACACCCAGGGAAGCGUGAAUACACAGUAGCUAUUAAGACUUUGAAGUCAGGUUACACAGAGGAACAGCGACGGGAGUUCCUGAGCGAGGCCAGCAUCAUGGGGCAAUUUGAGCAUCCCAAUGUCAUCCACCUGGAGGGUGUGGUCACCAAGAGCCGACCAGUCAUGAUUGUCACAGAGUUCAUGGAGAACGGAUCACUGGAUUCCUUCCUCAGGCAGAAGGAGGGACAGUUCAGUGUGUUACAGCUGGUAGGAAUGCUACGGGGGAUUGCAGCUGGCAUGCGCUAUCUUUCCGACAUGAACUAUGUGCAUCGUGACCUGGCAGCACGUAACAUCUUAGUCAACAGUAACCUGGUGUGCAAGGUGUCAGACUUUGGGUUGUCCCGCUUUCUGGAGGACGAUGCUUCAAAUCCCACCUACACUGGAGGUCUGGGCUGCAAAAUCCCUAUCCGUUGGACUGCCCCUGAAGCUAUCCAGUAUCGCAAGUUCACCUCCUCCAGUGAUGUCUGGAGCUAUGGCAUUGUAAUGUGGGAGGUGAUGUCCUAUGGUGAAAGACCUUACUGGGACAUGUCCAAUCAGGAUGUAAUUAAUGCCAUUGACCAGGACUAUCGCCUGCCACCACCCCCAGACUGCCCAACUGUUUUGCACCUGCUGAUGCUUGACUGCUGGCAGAAGGAACGGGUUCAGAGACCCAAGUUUGAGCAGAUAGUCAGUGCCCUAGAUAAAAUGAUUCGCAAACCAUCUGCCCUGAAAGCCAUUGGCACUGGGACCAGCAGACCAUCUCAGCCUCUCCUGAGCAACUGUUCUCCAGAUUUCCCUUCACUCAGCAAUGCCCAUGAGUGGUUGGAUGCUAUCAAGAUGGGCCGUUACAAGGAGAAUUUUGACCAGGCUGGUCUGAUGACGUUUGAUGUCAUAUCCCGCAUGACUCUAGAAGAUAUCCAGCGUAUUGGCAUCACCCUCGUCGGUCACCAAAAGAAGAUUCUAAACAGCAUCCAGCUCAUGCGAGUCCAUUUGAAUCAACUUGAACCGGUUGAAGUGUGAUGUUUACACCAUCCUUAUUCCACUAGUCUCAAACUCUGAAAAGGUUCUGGGGGAAUUCAGAGGGAUUUUCACUGUAAGAAAAAAUCGUCAGUACGCUACUUGAAGACUUAAUGCACCCAGAGUGCACGCUACAUGUCCUGUUCCAUGAACAAAAACAAAGCCUUGCUAUGAUUUGAAAGCAGAGCUAAAUGACUGGUGACAAUUAGUUGUGGUUGACAUCAUACAUUGGGAAUGGGUUCGGGGUGGGAAGGUUAUAAUAACAUGGGGCGGAGAUGGGAUAAUAACUUGGACAGAUCACAAGCACCUGUUGCCUCUUCUCUGCCAGCGAAAGGUAUCUGACAACUUUACAAAGUCAUCAGCAGGCUUUGUCUAUGGCCAAGAGCCCAGCAAAGCUACAAAGACAUAAUAAAGGCAAAAAAAUUAGCAUUUUUUUCAGAAGAAUGGUCUGAGAGAUUAUUAUUCAGAUGGAGCAUGAGGCUAUCACUUGGUAUGCCAGCUCAGUCCAGAACUGAAGUUCCAGCUGGUGCACAAUAUGUGGUAAGCAAUAACACAUUACCUGGUGAAGAAGUUGAGAGUAAAGGGUUCAAAAUUCAAUGCUA